AUGAAUGUCACGUUUUCAAGCACUUCAAUAACUGUUGAUGAAGAUUCUCAAUACACACUGAAUCCGAACGGAAUGAUGAUGCAGUACAUUUGUAUGCUGCAUUUCAAGGAAGACAUCUUAUGGAAUGGAACGGACACUUCUUACACAAAGAUGCCGUGUAUGCCUCAAGAACCGAUUGUUGCCGACAACCAGGAAUGCUGGAUCGGCGGCUGGGGCUCGACUGCAGUCAUUGGUACUCCAAGCGAUGAGCUGAGGUCUCGAGGAGUCAGACUCGAUAACGGAACGGAGUGCCAAGAUCAAGCUUUUACAAGUGGGCCGAAGCAUGCAUCGAUGGGGAAUGGUCCGAUGGUUAUUCAAUUCGUCACGAGUCUCCGUCUUGUUCAAAUGAUAUUGGAGGCCCAGUUAUUUGUCCUAUGGAUGGAAAAGCAGUUCUGGCCGGUGUGA